AUGAUGAACGAAUUGGGGAUUCUUCUCUCGCAGCUCUUGUUGCUAGUUCCCGAAAACAAACUCCUAAAACCGAAGUACCUGGACUUGCACUCAGUGCACCAAAUCAUCGGCACUAUUCUCGGAGGCACAUCACCUUCGUGGACGCUUGAACAGUUGCAACUGUUUGUUCAAAUUCCCGAGGCGAAAGCAGUUCUUGCAGACCUCGAGUCACGGGGCCUCAAGCAGACAUUAAUUAAAUUUGCUGACGUUAUUGUCAACUCACAAGACCCUCUUCUCCUUCAGCUCUGGGCAGUAGCACUUCUACAGACAUUCAUCCAAGCAAACUUUACAGGGCCAGAGAUUGGCUUCAGCUCGAGGAACGAAAUCUUUCCAGAUACAAAUGAGGAGUUCUUACAAAAAGAAGCAGUUAAAUUGCUCACCAUCGAGGGCAAAGUCGCCUAUGACUUGAUGAACGAGCCGCUUUUGAUUCUCCUAGCAUUGACCGUCUUUGAGCGCCUCAUGGGUGUUUCUGGAGCAUCCCUCAUUGGAAAAUCUCCAGAUGCAUCUUUAGAGACCCUUUCGGAACAAACAGUGGCAGCUGUGCAGAAAUUGGGCAGUUCGCCAGUGACAGCGUCCUUAGUAUGGUGGAGGGCCAGGGCGUUGCAGGUGCACCUUUCUGUGCUUUCCGAGCCAUCUGAUGCGUUGGCGCUGAUUACCUCGCUCUUGUUACAGCAGCCUAUUGUCAAUUGGCUUGUGGGAACAGGAUCGUGUGAUGCGGAGUUACAAAAACAUGUUCAGUUGAUCUAUCUCUUGGAAAAUGCUAGGAAUGGGAUCCACGCCCAAACAGAGCACUUGGCGCAGCCGUUUUUGAAGAAAGCUGCUGAGGUGUCGCAGUUGCAGUUUGCAUUGACGGGUGCAAAGGCUAAGAGAACGAAAUUCCAAACUUUUCACACGGCCCAGUUAAUUCUUUUGGCAAAAUCUGCCGAAAGCAACGUUUUCGGUACGGAUGCAAAGAACGAAGCGCCAGAACUGUUUGAGCUUAACUCAGACUUGCUCUUAGAAAAGCCAGAAUUCGAAUCUCUCGCAGAUGUGGAUAUGAGGGACGACCAGGCUAACAAGAAGAUCAAAGUAGACUUGCAAGAGCCGGCAUCCGACGAUUCUGGGGAUCACCGCUUGUUUCCCGUGGCAUUGGCUUCCGAGGUGCCUGAAGGCCUCAAGAGCCUUGAUCCAAAUAGCCAGCCGGCGCUCAACGAUCUCGAUAACAUCCAGCUUCUUCUUCGUCUCACCACUUUGAAGCAAACAACCCCGUCAGGAAAUACUUUGGUGGAUGAGGAGCUUGCUGCUGUGGUGGAUAGAAUCGUGUACGCCUCUGGCUCCAACGUCAAUUGGCUAGUAUUUGGCAGAGCUCUCUGGGAACGUUCUGUUCUCGAAACAGGUAAAGCACGCACAGUGGAGAGAGGCAUCUUGCAAAUGACUUCUUUGGUUGAGGAAAUCGGUAUCAAGAUUAAGUCUAGGGUCUUGCCCCAGGCCGAGGACCAGACUCUGGCCUCGGUGGCUUCGAGACUCAGAUUCGUACACCAAUUGCCCUUGAUGGCCCUGUGGUCUUUGGACGCCAAACUUGCUGAGAAGUACAUGUCUUUGGGAGUACUCAAGCUGGCCAUUGCCAUCUAUGAGCGUCUUGGGAUGCCCGUGGAGGCAGCACUUUGCUACGCUGCAGUCGAGGAGGAAAACGUUGCAGAGAGGAUUUUGCUAGAGAGAGUGGCCACUCACCCAGAGGACGCCAGGGCAUUCAGUAUCCUCGGUGAUAUCAAGCAAGACAAAUCUCUCUGGGAGAAAGCUUGGGAAAUUGGCAGGUACCCCAAGGCGAAGGCGUCACUUGCUCGCUACUACUACAAUAAAAGAGAGUUGGCCCUGGCCAUCGAGCACAUGCACGAAUGCCUUUCUGUGAGUCCACUUUCCUACGAAAACUGGUUCUUCUACGGGUGCAUGGGUCUUGAAACCAACCUGUUUGAGUUGGCAGCUGAAGCAUUCACCAGAUGUGUUUCAUUGGACGAUACAAACUCUCAUGCCUGGUCCAACUUGGCCAGUGCUCUCUUGAAGCUUGACAAGGAUAAGCAGGCGUUCAGCGCCUUGAAAAAAGCAUUGCAGCAGGGAGAGGGCGCUUCGAGGUCAUGGAGGAUUUACGAAAACUACCUCACGGUAGCUGCUAAAUUGGGUGAGUGGAACGAUGUGUUGCAUGCUGCCAAAGAGCUCAUUUCAAUCAGAAAAGAAUCUGGCAAGGAGACCGUGGUGGACUUGCCCGUAAUUGAGACGCUAGCACAGAUUCUCAUGGAAGAACCUUUCCCCACGAGUGAAAAGGAAAGAAUCACCCAUUUCCAAAAAUCUUGCAUUGACCUCGUGUGCAACAUCUUGCCCAGCGUUAUAACACACUCAGCGAGAUGUUGGCGGAUCGUCUCCAAAGUGGAGCUUUGGCGUCACAGGCCGUGGGCUGCUCUUGAGUGCCAUGAGAAGGCUUUCAGAGCAACAUCGCAAAACCCCGAGCUUGGUUCCGAUGAGAAGGUGUGGACGGACGCAGUGGAGGCAUGCUCUGACUUGGUUUCUGCGUACGAGUCUCUUGGAGAAAUGCCCGGUAAGCACGGUGCUGACGAUGUGGUGUGCAAGGACUGGAAGUAUAAGGCCAGAACGGCGGUCAGAUCGCUCAUGUCGAAGGGAAAGAGCAUGUGGGAAGGCUCCGAGGGAUGGGAGCAGCUCAUCAGUAUGAGAGACGACUUGAAGAACUAA